GAUAUCAGUUCAUUCCGUUUUGAUAUGUGAGCCGAAUUUUCAGUCCUCCUGCGGCGGCGUUGAAAGUUUAGACUUUCAGGCGACUCCACGGCGGCUCCGUCUAUCUCUGGCAGCGGUGGCGGCCGAAACCUAGAGGAAAAUUGUUCAUUUUCCUUUCAUCCAAGCAGAAAAUCGGGAGGAAGACUGUUGUUGUUAAUUUAUAUAUCGUUUUUUUGGAUUUACUUUUUGAUUCUUCCUGACCUUUAUACUCAGUGGAAAGUCGUCCUCGCGCACGAAACCAUCCCAAACAUUCUCUCUCUCUGCAGAGAGAGAAGCUUUCUCAGCCUUCUGUGCUUCUCUGCCAUAGCCUGGACGGAAAGAAGAGCGUUUUGGAAAGGAGUUCACAUCGCUGUGAUUUCUUUUUCUUCCAUUCGAAUUGAAUUCUCAAUCGCGUUUUACGAAUCGAUUGAUUUCGUCUGUUAACCGGGUUGGCAGUCCAUAAAAUUUUGAGGACGUAUUGCUACUAGUGCGAUGAUUUGUUGGUGUGUGUUGUAGAUAAGUAAGCUGAAAUGGGAGGUUGCUGCUGCUGCUGUUCUUCGAAAGAAUCAGAAUCAAAUAUCGCACCAGGCUACUAUUAUUACCCAAGAGCAUCGGAGGAGCAUGUUCCCCUGUCAUCUCCACUUAGUGCUCCCCCAGCAUUUCCAAUGGGGCUUUUAGUCGAUACAAAUCUGGAUACAUCAAUCCCAGACACGUAUAGAUCGCCUCCCUUGCCUAUGCCAUAUGAUGUUGUUUUAACACAUCCACAUACUCCACCUGUGGCUCAAGAAAUCUGCAGCAAUAAGAAUGAUGCUGCAGCUCAGACUACCAAUUCCGAUACAAUUCAAGAAACAACAUGCAUAAACACUCGGGAAACUUCAGCCAAAUGUGAAGGCAUCGACGAUGAGUCAGACUGCAAGAAGCAUACAGAUUUUGAAGUGGACACAUUAAAGGAAUCUGAAAUCGAACUUUCAAAGGGUGUGAAAUCUGUGGUCUUACCAAUUGAAGAGGAGGAUGUUUGUCCCAUCUGUUUGGAAGAAUAUGACGGAGAGAAUCCAAAACUCACCACAAAAUGCGAGCAUCAUUUUCAUCUUGCAUGCAUUUUGGAAUGGAUGGAAAGAAGUGAUAUAUGUCCUGUGUGCGAUCAGGAAAUGGUUUUCAGCCCUCCAAUUGAUUAGUGACAAGACAUUGAAAGUAAAGUUGAAAGUAUAGGUUUAUAAAGUUCCCGUGAUUUUGCAUCCAGCUGCAAGCUUCAGGUUUGUUUCUUUUAGUUCGUUCUCUUUUCUUCUUUUUCCAUAAUGAGUGAUUUCUUCAUUCCUGUUGCACUCUUUUCUUUGUGAAUUUGUCGUCUGAACAUAGAAAUGGGGGGAAAAUUGGGAGAAUGAUUCUUCUUUCUUU